CCCAACACAAUUCUAGAAAAGCUUCCUUCGCCAUCAAGGCCUCGCCUCUGCUAACUCCCGCCUUCCCUGAGUUUUGCUUGGUGCAAGUCUAGCUGCCUUGUGUUCCUAGUGUCGCCUUCUUCAUCAUCUCUGAGCCACUGUAAAUAUUUCAUUCAGCAGCGAAAUAGCUCCAUUUCCUCAAGAAUUUGAAGCCAGAUUUCCACAAAAUCUAUUUCACUGCGACUCCCAAAUGGAAGCAGCAGUUUUGCGGCUAGGUGGCGCUCCUACUCCCAUCUUCUCGGCUUUGCCGCCAUCCACUCCUGCCCUUUGCACAACUCUAACUCCUGUUUUAUGCCCAACUUCUUUGGAAAGGAUCAGGUUCCCCCCUACCCCAGCGGUCUGUAAGAGCAAGAACGUAGAAGAGCAAGACCUUUAUGGGCUUCCCAAAGAGUUUUAUGAUGAUGAAUGGCAAGCCCGGCAACGUGAGAAAACUAAGGAAUUUCAUCAAAAGCGUAGAGAGGAGGAAGAGGAAGAAGAAAGAAAGGUUGAAGAAUACAGGGAGAUUGGAUUGAGGAUGAAAGACUAUCCCCAGGAAGAGCUUCUCAAGGCCAAGAAACUGGUUGCCAGCUUUAUUAAAUCAGCUGAGGAAGUGGAACAGAAAAUUGAGGAAGCUGCUGAGAAAGGGGAGCUUAAUGAAAUUGUUCUGAUGGUCAUAUGGAAUCGGCUUGAUCUUGCUCGGCGUGACGAUGAAAAAGAUGCAGUUCGAAGUCUUGAUCUCUUGUACAGGCGGGUUGAGACUGAGAUUUUGAAACGGGAGGCUACACCUGCCAUGAGGCUGCUUAAUGAUCUUUUAAAUAUGCAUGAUGGAUUUGAUGAUCAAGAUUGGCUAAAGGCAUGCAAAAAGCGAAUGUUUGAUACCUUUCCACGGGAGGACCCAUUUACUAUCCUUGCACCAGCUGGUUUUGACAUUGAUAAGCAUGAAGGACCGUUGGCGCCAGCUAUGCCUGUCGAAGCCGAUAAUGUUCUCUUAAGGGUAGAUUUUGUCAGGGAGGUUGCUGCAUUGCUCCAAGAAGUUCGUUCUCAGCAGACUGAAGCACAACAUGAAGAAGGGCUUGAUCCUGAAUCUGUUGCCAGAAUGUUGAAGCAGCAUGAGAAGCAGAGAGCAAUACGCCAAGUAGAAUCUUUGUUGGAUCUGGCAAUUAAUUUGAAUUGGUAGUUUACCAUAAAAAACGAGGCUUUUCGUGCUUCAGUAGAUAAGUCAUAGAGGCCAGGCUUAUUAUUCUAUAAGAACUGACGGGGUAUGUAAUAAGAUAUGUUAAUCUGCAUGGGAAAUACAUAACCAACAAUGAGCAUAUUCGAAGAGUUGUGAAA